ACCGCCAAAAGCGUGUGUUUGCUUGGUACACUGUGUACAUUAUUUAUUAAAAAAACACACAAAACAAAAAUACACAAUUAUUUACAACAAAACAAAUAAACAAGUGUUUUAAUAGUAAUUAUUUUUUAUAAGCAUAUAAUUAUAAAAAAAAAAUUACUGUGCUAUUUAUAAAAAAAAUACUUUAAAUCACAAAAAAGUAACCUGUUGAUCUGUCUGUCAAAGCGUCAUAUUGUAAAAUAUUUUAAAAAUGAGUGAAGCAACAUCACCUUUGAGAAAUAACAGACAAAUGGAUGCUCCAACAUCACCAGCUCCAGAAAUGGAUGAACCAUUUGAGGAUGAAAGUCUUCUUGGUAAUGAAAAUUCUCAGGAUGAUGCUAUACGAGAAGAAGAGGAAGAUGGUGAAGAGUUAUUUGGUGAUAAUAUGGAAGCUGAUUAUCGUCCAAUGUCAGCACUUGAUCGUUAUGAUCAAAAUUUAUUGGAUGAUGAAGAAUAUUCAGAAUUAUCACAGUCUGAUCGUAAUGCUGCUGAGGCUGCAAUGCGUAAACGUGAUCGUGGUACUUAUCGUGAUGAUCGUGAUUUACUUUAUGAGGAUAGUGAUGAAGAUGAUACAACUGUACAAAAACGUCGUCGUGCUGAAAAAGCAGCAACUGGUGAUAUUGAAGAAGCUGAAAUGAUUGAAUCAAUUGAAAAUCUUGAAGAUACAAAAGGUUAUUCUGUCAAAGAAUGGGUAUCAAUGCUUGGUCCAAGAACAGAAAUAUCAAAUAGAUUUAAAAAUUUUUUAAGAACUUAUACUGAUGGCAAGGGUUAUUGUUUAUACAAAGAAAGAAUUCGUCAUAUGUGUGAAAGUAAUCAAUCAAGUUUUGUCGUUGAAUUUCCAAUUUUAGCUGGAAAAGAACAUGUAUUGGCAUAUUUUUUACCAGAAGCACCAUUUCAAAUGCUUGAAAUAUUUGAUGCUGUUGCUAAAGAACUUGUACUUGCAAUAUUUCCAAGUUAUGAAAGAGUAACAAGUGAAAUACAUGUAAGAAUAUCAGAAUUACCAUUAAUUGAAGAACUUCGUACAUUUAGAAAAUUACAUUUAAAUCAACUUGUUAGAACACUUGGUGUUGUAACAGCAACAACUGGUGUAUUACCACAAUUAUCUGUUGUUAAAUAUGAUUGUUCAAAAUGUGGUUAUGUACUUGGUCCAUUUGUACAAUCACAAAAUUCAGAAGUUAAACCUGGUUCAUGUCCAGAAUGUCAAAGUAUUGGUCCAUUUAUAAUUAAUAUGGAACAAACAAUAUAUCGUAAUUAUCAAAAAAUAACAAUUCAAGAAUCACCAGGUAGAAUACCAGCUGGUAGAAUACCAAGAAGUAAAGAUUGUAUAUUAUUAUCAGAUUUAUGUGAUCAUUGUAAACCAGGUGAUGAAGUUGAUGUUACAGCAAUUUAUACAAAUAGUUAUGAUGGUUCAUUAAAUACAGAACAAGGUUUUCCAGUAUUUUCAACAGUAUUAUUAGCAAAUCAUUUAUUUGUUAAAGAUGCUAAAGAAGUUGUUGAAUCAUUAUCUGAAGAAGAUGUUAGUGCUAUACUUAAAUUAAGUCAAGAUCAUCGUAUUGCUGAUAGAAUUGUUGCAAGUAUUGCUCCAUCAAUAUAUGGACAUGAUAAUAUUAAACGUGCAUUGGCAUUAUCAAUAUUUGGUGGUGAAGCUAAAAAUCCAGGUAAUAAACAUAAAGUACGUGGUGAUAUUAAUGUAUUAUUAUGUGGUGAUCCUGGUACAGCAAAAUCACAAUUUUUAAAAUAUACUGAAAAAAUUGCACCAAGAGCUGUAUUUACAACUGGUCAAGGUGCAUCAGCUGUUGGUUUAACAGCAUAUGUUAGAAAAUCACCAACAACACGUGAAUGGACACUUGAAGCUGGUGCAUUAGUACUUGCUGAUCAUGGUGUUUGUUUAAUUGAUGAAUUUGAUAAAAUGAAUGAUGCUGAUCGUACAUCAAUUCAUGAAGCUAUGGAACAACAAAGUAUAUCAAUAUCAAAAGCUGGUAUUGUAACAUCAUUACAUGCAAGAUGUGCUGUUAUUGCUGCAUCAAAUCCAAUUGGUGGACGUUAUGAUCCAAGUAUGACAUUUGCUGAAAAUGUUGAUUUAUCAGAACCAAUAUUAUCACGUUUUGAUAUUAUUUGUAUUGUUAAAGAUGAAGUUGAUCCAAUGCAAGAUAGACAUCUUGCUAAAUUUGUUGUCAAUUCACAUAUAAUGCAUCAUCCAACAAAUCAAAAUCAUACAUUACCAGAUGGUCUUGUUGAAAAUAAUGCAACUGAAGAUUUAUCUAUACCACAAGAUUUAUUAAAAAAAUAUAUUGUAUAUUCAAAACAAAAUAUUCAUCCACAAUUAAAUAAUUUAGAUCAAGAUAAAAUUGCUAAAUUAUACAGUCAGCUGAGACAAGAAAGUUUAUCAACUGGAAGUUUACCAAUAACUGUUAGACAUAUUGAAAGUAUUAUUAGAAUGUCAGAAGCAUCAGCUAAAAUGCAUCUUCGUGAUCAUGUUAGAGAAGAUGAUGUUAAUCUUGCUAUUAGAAUGGUACUUGAUAGUUUUGUUGAUACACAAAAAUAUUCAAUUAUGAAAAAUAUGAGAACUACAUUUCAGAAAUUUUUAUCAUACAAAAAAGAUCACAGUGAAUUAUUGUAUUAUAUUUUACGUCAAAUAACAAUUGAUACAUUGGCAUUUCAAAAAUCAUUACAUGGUAAUAGAGUUACGACUAUUGAAAUUAUGGAACGUGAUCUUGUUGAUAAAGCAAGACAAAUUGAUAUUCAUAAUUUAGCAUCAUUUUAUCAAAGUCAAAUAUUUUUGAAAAAUAAUUUUGUUUAUGAUUCAAGAAGAAAGGUUAUUAUUCAAACAUUACCAGAAAAUACUGAUGAUUAAU